GUUUACGAACCGGUAGGUUUACGUUCUUGACUAAUUUCAGCUUUAUUAUUAUUCAAAUGUGGUAUUCACAGUUUUCGGUCCUUCUCUAUACUUUACGUUCUCUGCAAUAACCUCAAAACACGUCCACCAAGUCUUUGAAAAGUUAUUUCUAUAAAAAUAUUGGCGUUAUCUCUGCAAUAAACUACGUAAACUCAACAUUUCCAUUUUAACACUAAAUGCGCCUUAAAGAAAAAUGUUUCCCAUAAAACAUUGUGUGUUAUAUAGAACACCGGAGGAGCAUCAGCCUCCAGAUGAUAGCAGUCUUGCAGGCAACACAGAGUAUCCUAAUCUGAACUCUCGCGAUUACGCCAAGCGGCCAUUAAAUCGGCAUAUACGCAUGCAUCAACCAUGGGAAUGUAUUGCAGUUAAUACAGAACAAGAAGCGAUAAUAGCUACAAAUAAAUUGUCGGGCCGCGAAUGGUCUGGAUCCCUUUGGGGAUUUGAAAAUGUUGGCGAUGGAACUACGCUGAAACCAGCGAAAGCGUGCUACAAAUUACAAUGUCAAACUCUAAUUUCCUGCUUACAAUUUAUUGCGGAUAAUAUUUUUAUGGUGGCAAUGCGUUCUGGCCGUGUCCAAUUAUGGUCUACCAAAUCAGAAGUCCGCAAUCCCCACACACCUUAUUGUAUGUUCUUGAUAGGCGAGAAAUGUGAGCAUAUGCGUCCUAUUACCUGUUUGAACGUGAAGACGAAUGCAGAACAUGCAAUCACGGGUAGCAAAGAUGGCACUUUGAAAGUCUGGGAUAUUGGCUGUGGUGACCUUUUCUCGGUACACACAUUUCGGUAUGCGCAUACUGACGUAGUCACUAGCAUUGCAACGUCACAUAAGGAGCCUUCUGUAUUUGCCACAUCCUCUUUAGACCGUAGUACACUACUUUGGGAUGACAGACUUACAAGACCGGCAUUAGCACUAUAUGAAAAUCAUUCAUCUCGAUUUAAACAUUUGGCAUGGGCCCAUGCCAAUGAAAUUCCGGCCAAUGACCAUAUUAUAUAUUUAGGUGAUGAGUCUGGCUUUGUGCACACAGUUGAUGAACGCUUCCCAAACAAAUUUGUGCAGAGCUCAAGAUGCUUAAACCGAUCAAUUCACAAAAUGGUGCCAAUAGAAAACAAAAUAGCUGUUAUUGGAGACACAAAUAUUGUGAAAGUAAUUGAUGCAAACAACCACAGUAUCAUCUAUACAAAUGAUGAAUCCCAGAACUUUGUACGAGACGCUGUUUGGAAAGGCGCCUCGAAGCUACUUACUAUUGGUUAUGAAGGCAAACUACGUAUACACAAUUUACUAUAAUCAACUAUAACCAAAGUUAAACCAUUACAAAUUUUAAUUUUGUUUUAUUUAUUCUUGGAUCAUAUUUAAUGUUUAAUAAUAGCGAGAAGUAAUUCAAAGUUUACGUUUUUGAGAUGACGCCAAGCAAUAAAAUAAGAGAUAAAGAGAAUAUGUUCAGUCUAACAGAUAACUAAACUUCACAAAAUAUUGCGAAUAUAUGUGGCUUUCCAUCUGUAUUUUUGUAUACCAACUGUAUGAAUUGACCAAACUUUUAUUGCGU